UUUCAAAAUCUCUUCACAUCUUUUAAUCUUCUUUUGCUUUAUAACCUUUUUAUCUAUGCGCUAAAUAAUCAAAGCCCAAUCUCGCUACGUCUCACAGCUUCAGACCUACAUGAACAGCGAACUGAUCUUAGCCGUGUUUGUUUUGAUGCUUUACUUUCUCUUAGCCAAAUGGAGGAAGAAACUAAUAGACCAAUUUCUUCAUCAUUCUUUACUUCUUCUCCUGUACAUCAACGUACUGAUGGAGGUUUUUUACGAAACACAACUAGUCAAUCACAUAGACAAGCAGUUGCAAGUACAAAAAAUUCUUCAUCUUUGGGGGCUACAGCAAUUUCUUCGUUGUUGAAUCGCUGCAAACAAGUUUUAAAUUGCUUCGCACGUGAUGAACAACGUUGUGGUGGCCAUUUUCCACCUUUACCACAGGAACGUGUUUUUGAAGCAAUUUCAGCAUUGAGAGCAGUUAGUGCACUUAUUGAUGGAUUCUCAAGAAAUCCAACAAGUGUAUUAUAUUCACAUUUGGUUACAUUACACCCAAAUUUGGUUCAACUAAUUCCAAGUUCAAGAUGUGACCAACAAUUAGAGUUAGCAUUAAUGACAUGCCUCAACUCGUAUCAGACAUUACUUCUUUUAAAUUUACACAUAAAUGAGAAUAAAUAA